CCCCUGACCCUCUGUCUGGACAGUGCUGAUUGGCUCUGUCCUGAUCACAUGCACUCUCCCAAGAAAAAAAAAACCCUCUCUAGCCACACACGCCAAACUGGGCAUGUGCAGCUUGCCCCCAAAGUUCUGUUAUCAGCAGAUGGAUUUGGGACUGUGUGAAUGUGGUCUCAGAGAAGACAGGAUCAAACAUCCUUUUUGCACAAUGAGUAGAAUUAACCCCUUAGGUUCCACAGUGAGUAUAACAAGCAUGCUUUACUGCAUAUACAGACUGGUUUUACUGUUGUGGGUUUAGUAACACUU